ACAAGACCACUGCAGACCUGCCGCGUCACGAUUCCUGAUUGGCAGCAAAGGACGGCUCACUCUUCCAUCGAAUAAGAGCGUCUAGGCGCGGCAAAUUCUUUGGAUGAUAGUCCUGUACGCAAUUAUGAGUCGUUGGUAGCGAGCGGAGAGGGAGGAGAUGGGGUGGUGGUCGCUAAGCAAGUGACAAGGAACGGAAGAGUUUAGUCGCAUUUAGUCCGUGGGGAGGGGGAAGAUGAAGGAGGGGCAGCUGGAGAUUUGGAAAUGGGAAGAGUCGAUGGGCCUGCAAACUAGUAGAUCCCUUGGGCACCCAUCCCCGAUUAAAUUGAGGGAAAACGGGCAAAUCGAUCAACACAAAAAGAAAAGAAAUUUCGGCGAAAAAGUACUGGACCCGAAAGAAAGGCGGGUGGAAGGGUGGAAGGGUGGAAGAACGAAGAUACGCCGGAGAUGCUGCCUGCAUGCAGGGCAUGCAGAUGAGCUACCAGACUUUUUCUCUCUUGUCUCAUUUGUCUUUGAAGCCCAACAAACAGCUCGUGAUUCGUACUGCUCCGACAUUGACAUGAAAUCUGAGUCGGCAGCUAGUCGAACGAGCCAUACAGAAAUAGCGACCAUUUCUUGCCGGGAUCCGGUUGAUCCAAGUCGUUCUCAUGUCUCAUGCUUCUCGACCAGUUCCCUCUAUGCGUGCCUUCGCUUUAUAGGUGUUCAUACUGUUGGAUGCAUCACGGUUGUUGUCAGCAUCAUACCCCCCAUCCCCAGUCACUAAUUUCUUACUCCCGUGUCUCUCCAUAACCCACCAGAUCAGGCUCGG